UGUUAGUGCUACGAUGGUCAGGCGUCCAUCAAUAUGGACGGCACUCUUCCUGCCUGUGCUGGUUCUCGCCGAUAGCUUCCAGCCGCGAGCGACAGGCUGCAACAGGAACUGCGGCGGCGUGGACAUCCCCUUCCCGUUCGGCGUCGAGGACGGCUGCUUCCUGCCGGGCUUCGGGAUCAACUGCACCGACGGUGGCACGCCGAUCCUCGCGGACAACCCGCGCAACCUGAAGGUGCUGAACCUGACCGUGAUGCCGCGACCGGAGGCCUUGGUGAUGCUGCCCAUCGCGUACCAGUGCUACAACACCACCGACGGGGCCAUCAAGCCCGACGAGUCAUUCGAUGGUAUCAUCGAAUUGAGCCCCCUGUACCGCAUGUCCAACACCAGGAACGAGCUGGUCGCCCUCGGCUGCAGCACCUUCGCCUUCACAAACUCCAAACCUUCGAUAGGUUGCUUGGCCUACUGCCGCGAGGACUACGGCUUGCCGGAGGACGGCGUCUGCACGGGAAUCGGCUGCUGCAGCGUCGACAUCUCAACGACGCUCAACGACAACAACAUAAUAUUUGAAUCCGAGCCGACGAAUUUCUGGACGCACAAGGGUGUAAACAUUAGCCCUUGCGACUACGCGUUCAUAGUGGAAAAGAACACCUACCGCUUCAAGGUGUCCGACCUCAACAUGGACGGGAGCUCGAUCACCAAGCCGAUGGUGCUCGACUGGGCAAUCCGCGACGACAACGUAGAACACAACAUCACCUGUCCCCAGGCGAAAAACACGCCGGAGUACGCCUGCAUCAGCACCAACAGCGAGUGCCUCAACUCCGCCCAUGGCCCCGGAUACAUCUGCAAUUGCACCAAGGGAUACUGGGGCAACCCAUACCUUACCGACGGAUGCCAAGGUGUGGCUGUAGGGGUAUCCAUACUUAUUAUCGCUCUUCUUAUAGCAUUCAUUAUGCUCCAAAAGAAAAAAUUGGAUAAACUUUUUGAAAAGAACGGAGGGGAGAUGCUUAAAAAUGUGAAAGGCCUAACAAUAUUCACAAAAGAUGGACUAAAGAAAAUCACAAGAGAUAAUGCAGAGUUUCUAGGAAAUGGAAGCUUUGGUAAUGUGUACAAGGGAACUCUUCCUGACCAAACCAUGGUGGCAGUUAAGGCAUCUAUCAAGGUAGAUGAAGCGACAAAGGAGGAAUUUGUUGACGAAAUUGAGAUUCAGACACAAAUGAUCCACAAAAACAUCCUCAAACUCGUUGGUUGCUGCCUGGAGGUGGAAGUUCCAGUAUUAGUCUAUGAGUUCGCUUCAAAUGGGAGCCUCCAAGACGUCCUUCACGGUCAAAAAGAUCAAGUCCUUCCCUUGGACUCACGUUUGGACAUUGCAAUUGGCUCUGCAGAAGGGUUAAAAUAUAUGCAUAGUUAUGCAACGCAUGCCAUGAGACAUGGUGAUGUCAAGCCAGACAACAUACUUCUGGAUGACAAGUUGACACCAAAAAUAGCAGAUUUUGGGUUGUCGAAACUACUCAAACAAGAAUAUUUUGCAAAGGUUGUGGUUGGAUGCAUGGGUUACAUAGACCCAAUAUUCAUGAAAACUGGCCUUUUGACACAAAAGAGUGAUGUGUACAGCUUUGGAGCAGUUUUAUUGGAGCUCAUUACAGGGAAGAGAAAUGUAUAUGAUGAGAAACUUAGUCUCAUUAUUGAGUACCGAAAAGUUUAUGAAAAUGAAAAGAGUGGGAGGGAAAUGUUUGACAAAGACAUUGCUACUGAAGAAGAUAUCGUCGUCCUUGAAGAAAUGGGCAAGCUAGCAAUGGACUGUCUAAAGGAAGAUAUAGAAAAUCGACCAGAUAUGACAGAGGUAGCCGAACAACUUGUGAUAAUUAGGAGAAACAAGAAGCUUGGCAAAUUAAGCAGUGGAAAUCCUAACAACAUUGGGGAUAUUACCAUAUAUAAUUCUCCUACAAACACAGAGGUCAGUGGAUCUAGUAGCGCCGAAAUUUCAACAAAUUCAACUCCCAGCAACAUGGACAUCCUUCCUACUCCAUAGGCCAGUAAAUGCAAAAACCAGCAUGCCAACACAAGUAUUUGUAUCUUAUUAUAUUUCCAUGAUUUUCCCUAAGUUGGGAAUAUGCACAACAUUAUUGG